GCUGAUGGUUGCAGCGCGGCGGCGGCAGCAGCAGCGGUGCUGGCGGGUGCCGGUGCUGCUUGCGGCUUACUUGAGCUAUGUGGGGCUGGGUGCCGGUGUGCUACAGGCGCUGGAGCGGCCGGCCGAGGUGCAGGCGGCCCAGCACCUCCUUCAGCAGCACCGGGAUCUGCUCGGCAACCACACCUGCUUGCAGGGGCCCGCCCUGCAGCGGCUCAUCGAGGAUAUCAUCCAGGCCUACAAGAGUGGCAUAACCCUCCAGGGAAACACCACUAGCUUGGGCAAGUGGGACUACAGUGGGUCCUUCUUUUUCUCCAUCUCUGCAAUAACAACCAUUGGCUAUGGGAAUCUGAGCCCCAGCACUGCAGCUGGUCGAAUCUUCUGCAUCUUGUUUGCACUGUUUGGAAUCCCUUUGAACCUUAUCCUCCUCAAUGAAAUUGGGCAGCUGAUGCUGUUGGGAGUUCAGCAUUGUGCCCGUUGCCUAGAGGAGGUGUUUCACUGGCAGAAAAAAGCUUCCUUUCUGAUUAAGACCUGUGCACUGGUAACUGGCUUGUUAUUGUUCCUCCUGCUACCUCCCUUGUUAUUUUCUGACAAAGAAGGAUGGUCUUAUGAAGAAGGCUUCUACUAUUCCUUUAUUACCCUCAGCACUAUAGGGUUUGGAGAUUAUGUGAUUGGGAUGAACCCAGACCGCACCUAUCCAGGCUGGUACAAGAAUGUAAUCUCUCUGUGGAUCCUCUUUGGGAUGGCCUGGCUAGCGCUGGUUAUCAAAUUUUGCAUCAACUUUCUAGAGAGCUCCAGUGACUUCUGUCAAUGCAACAAGAGCACAGAGAUGGCAGAAGACUUCGUGGAUGACGACAAAAAUAACAUGACAGGACUUCACAAUGUGGAGAUGGGCAAUGACAAAGACACAAAACUAAAAGGACCAGAUGAAUCUCAUACCUACACAGUUCCUGCAGAAGCAGUCUAGGGAAGAAAAAAAUCCUUGGUAAUUUUAGUGCACUGGAGAUGCAUCACUUUGAAAUGCAGGAAGAAAAAAAUCCGUGGUGAUUUUAGUGCACUGGAGAUGCAUCACUUUGAAAUGCAGGAGUAGAGCUGCUCUGAUAUUCACAUGAUGUGGAAAGCUUGCUUACUGAGGCUGAAAUUCUCUUGUUCUCAAUUUAGCAAUGGCAAUAAAAAGUUUCACUUGCAGCACCACCAAGAAUUGCCAACUGGAAUAUUAGCCAAAGAUUUACAGAGAUAUUACCUACCCUGCCACCUCAACUCAUGAGGUAAACUUUCAUAUCCAAACACAACACUGUAUGCUGUUGUCAUUUUCUUUGCAUUUGAAGUUCUUGUAGCCUUUCUUUUUAUGGCAUUUUGCAAAUUCUGGAAGUAGAAAAGCAGGUGCCACUUAGUGCAGAAAACAAAUUGCAGGUUUCUGAAAGACAUAAUGAGAAGCACUAUUUAAAGCCACCUGACAGUCACUGCUGCUCUCCAUGACCUAUGUGCUUGUCCUUGCUAAAGAUGGCAACACGCUUUUGCUCUCUGAUUAUUGCUAUGUGGAUGGCCACAAGGUAGAGACACUUAAUACAAACACAUCACUAAACUUUUGCUCAAAGUAAUAUCUGCAUCAGAGAUCCACUAUUAUUAAAAAGAAAAUAAAUGGUUAAACUAUUUCUUACUCCAGUACUUCUGUAGGCAUGUCCUUUGUAAAGUUUUAAGUAGAUUAAAUGUCAUCAGUUAAAUUUUAACAGUUCAUUUAGGUAGAUUUUUAUUUUGCUAUAUCUUGGAGGCUAGAAAAGUAGGACUAGAGGCAGUUUCAAGUGCUACUGGAUCCCAAGUAACACAUUAUCACAUGGCCAAUGUUAACAAGGGCUACUUUAAUCUAGAAACAGACCAAACUAUGUGACCAAGACAUGAUAGUUUGAACUUCUCGUGUCAUUAGGCACAACUGUUGGGGUUUUUUGGUCUGUGUCAGUCAUGAAUAGAACUAUUAAGAUUUUUUUUAAAAUCCAUUAAAUUCUCAGAACAUUUUGGGAUAAAUUAUGCCAUUUAUAAAAGUCAAAGAGUCUAACUCCUGCUGCCAUGUAUAAGCUCAUAUCUGAUCUACUUUUCUUAUCCCCGUUGUGCUACUUGCAUCUUAGAGUAUUAACUUUGAAAACAUGACUGUAGCAGUAAACCAGAACAAAGCAUUGUGGUGAGCCUUCAGCUUCUGCAUUUGACCAAGAUUAUACAUGGAUGAUGGACAAAAGACUGAAAACAGUCUGUUGGAGAACAUGAGACUCAAAUCAGAAAUAUCCAUAGCUGGAUUUGCAGAAAUGCAGUGCAUCCAAAGUUUGUGGUCUUCAGGAACACAAGCUCUGGAACAUGUAAUGCCAAACGUGUAUUUCCAGAGGAGGCUACUCUGACUGUUGAUAUGUGGUGGAACUGACUACAAGAGAAAAUGGAGGAAAGAAAUCUGCUGGAUGAUAUUUAAUCUGUCAACCUCCUGUCAGCCUUUUUAUCAUCAGCCUCUUGCUGACUCCGUAGUAAUAAACAUUCUUGCAAAUACUGUUUAAAUGGGCCAGGAGAGUUGGGAAAGGGAGGUAGUGGAAAUCUCAGGCCAUAGCUGGGAAAACUAAUGCAAAAUAAGUGUGGUGUUUUGGGUUUUUUAACACUUGUAAUUUCUUUAAUAGCACUUAGUAUAAUCUUUCCUGACUCUUUUAUGCUUCAUCUUGUUUAUUCUCAGUAGUGGGUACUCAGUGAAGGCUUUGCUAAUAUUCAUAAUGGCUAGGCCUACACUACACCCAAAGUGUAUUUUUUCAACUCAAAGCCAGUCUCAGUUCUACAGCAGAAAACCUGGUACCCUUUUUACAUGUGCCCUUUGCACCUUCUUGCAGGUGCAAAACUUAGAAAAUAUAACUGUAUCUUAAAAUCUGAAUGCUCAGAAGGUAGUAGGAGUUUCUGCUGUCAAAGCAUGGGAAUGAUUAUUAAAUUUACUUCCAUUUUAAUUCAAAAUAUGAUAGGCUGUGGUGACUUCUGCUAGCUUUGCUCUUGAAGGCUGCUUAGCAUGCUAAGAGUUUCUUCUUUUCAGUCUGUGACAUGAAUUAUAUCUAUCUCAUAUUCCCAUAUAUUUGUAGCUUGUGGAUGUGGUUUUUCAAGAGUGCCUUAGAGGUUUGGAUACCCUGAUCUCACUCAAGUGCACACACAGAGUUGCAUGACUUUAGGACAGCUAAUGUACACUUCAAGAGCUAAAAGGAAGAGGAACUCUACGAGUAGUACUUAAGCAAAGGAAAAAACAGUAAUUCUUCAUUGAUCUUAGCACUUCCACUGUUAUGUCAGCGUUCAACCACAAGCCUACGUAUGUAGCUGGGUCUCAAGGUGACUCAGUAUCUGCCCCAGCAAUCCUUGCUGAUUCACUUCCUUCCGCUGUUGUCCUACCCAGCAGCUCACCAUCGGCAUGCUUUAUGGGAGGAGUAUCUGAACUACUUGCAAGCUCCAGAGCUGCAGUCGUUUGCUUGUGUCCUACAUCACCUAAAAAAAAUAUUAAGUUCAUCAAAGACUGCCUCUGAUGCCACGUUAUCAUGUUAUCCCUUCUGAAUGUGAUUUUAUUUACAGCCCCUCAGCUGGCUUUCCAUAUGGACAAGAGCUAUUACUGUAUCAGUCUCCAUAAACUGCCCCUCUAGCCUUUCUAUUCUUUCUAAAGUUGUGUUGUGGUUAAGUGACAUGGAUGAAUUUGUUCCCAGAAGGAUGAGAAGAAAGUGGAAUUUUGCAACAUCACAAAAACAUCAUCACCAAUGCGUCUCCUCUACCAAACUAUGAAAGGUUAUCUGUUCAAGGGUAAAAUAAAGAAAACAAAAGCAUGGUUCUGUUAUCAUUCUUGUCACAGCCGACUUGCAGUCUUCUGUAAUCUGCAUUGGAAAAUUACAGAUACUCUUGGAUAUUUUUUUUAAACACUGUCUCUUCCUGUUCAGAUAACUGUGCCUUUUCCAUGAGUGAUUUUUGGAUUACACUUUCACUGCUGUUAUUCUGUACAAGUCAAUUCUUCCCUCUUAUCCUGUUUUCUUCCUUGGAAGCUGCAGGGGCUAGAAGCAGGUUUGGUUAGUAAGGGUAGUUGUAAAUAUUUGUGUAACAUCAGUGUCCAGAGGCUUUUUCACAAUCACAUAGACCAUAAUGUGCUUCUGACCUUUAUACAGUUUCCCAGGAAAUCAAUCCUUUAAAACAAGAAAGUAGGCCUCUUUCUAACUCAGAUACUCUAAGGACAAGUCCUGGCUUCAGCUUCAGUGUUUCUCAUGCUGCCUCUUUUAGAUAGUCCAAAUGAGACAUUUACCCCUUGGGGAGAGAUAUAUCCAGUAAAUGUAAUAAGAUGUUGCAACAGCAUAGUACAGACUGCUCAGAGCUGCACAAUUUGUAGUUGUAGUUGACUACAGGAUUUUAAGAUCCCUAGACCAGAACAAAAAAGCUCUUUUUCCAUGAUGGCCUCCAAGUCAGUGGUUGACUGAUAAGAUCUUACCUUACAACUUACCUUACUGGACAACUGA